AUGGUCGUUCUUGCUGGUGACAAGAACUUGACCCUUGCCGCUGGAAGUUUCUCAUUUGGAAAGCCCGUAUGUUUAGCUCAUUGUGCUGGAGUAAAAGUUGAAGCCUUUUGCACAAACCAAAGCACCCUUGAAGACUUCCGUAAACAUGUAAUGAGAUGUUUCGUUUCGGAUGAUUGUCACGUGAUCUCAUCAUAUGAUAGAUUAGCUCUCAAGCAAACAAGAAGUGGUCAUUUUUCGCCUAUUGGUGGUUACCAAGUUGGAAGGGACAUGGCACUAGUAUUGGAUGUUGCACACUUUAAAUAUCCUCCUCAUUGGGUUCCUCUCUCACUUCUUUGGGAAGCGAUGGGUUAUGUUGACAAAUCAACAGGACAACAAAGAGGCUUCAUGCUUAUAUCAAGGCCUCACAGGGAGCUGGGAUUACUUUAUACCAUGAGCUGUAAAAAAGAGAGUUGGGUCGGUAUUGCAAAAUACCUCAUGGAUGAUGUUUCUCUUCUCUUAAAGUGGGCAGAUGUGAAAGAUAUUGAAAAAGUUCUUUAUCUUAUUGUCACAUCACUUCCAUCAAAUUUUGGAGAGUUCAUCAAGUGGAUUGCAGAGGUUCGAAGACGAGAGGAUGGUGAUCAAAGCUUAAGCCCAGAGGAGAAAGCAAGGGUUACUGUCAAGGUGUUGGAGAAGCUUCGUGUCCUUUAGCAUUUCUCUUUUUCUUUUGAUGACCAGAUAUAAAUUUAGCAGUUUAUGGUUGGUUAUGAAUGUAGAUGUAUCGUGUUAGUUUUGACUAUAAAUAGAAUGAUUGGAUUCUAACA